AUGAAACGUCGUAAAUCGUAUACAGCAGCUUUCAAGCUAGACGCCGUCAAUUAUCGUGAUUUGCAUUUAACCUUGGCAGCGGCUAGUCAUUUUGAAGUCACUGAAGCAAUGAUAAGAAAGUGGGUUGUUGAUCGACAAAAUCUUCAAGAGAUGCCAGCAACGAAGAGAGCCCGACGAUACAAAAAACAAAGCGUUGAAGAAGUUGAAGAUGCCAUCUACAACUGGGUUGUCAAAAAACGAGAAGAAAAUAGAGCUGUCACGGUGAAAGAAAUAAGGACCAAAGCAAAGGAAUUAGCAGAAGAGCAUGGUCACCAAAAUUUUAAAGCAUCUGCGCAUUGGUGCAUCCUGUUUAUGACACGAAAAAAGCUCUCUGUACGAAGAAGAACAAGUGUCGGUCAACCAUUACCCUCUGACCAUCUACAAAAAUGCUCGGAUUUUCAAAAGUUCAUUGCAGCUGAAGCCUUAAACGUAUCCCCUUUCAAUUUGGGAAAUAUUGAUGAAGUACCAGUUCCCUUUGAUAUCAUCUAUGAACGGACAGUUAAUGUGAAGGGACGAGAGAACAUUAAAAUUGAUUCUACCGGCCAUGAGAAAUCUAAUUUUAUUGUGAAAACAAAUGGAAAAGGUUGGAUGAAUCAGGAAUUGAUGAAAGAAUGGAUUGUGAAGUAUGGGACAAAAGAGAAAAUCACAAUUCCGACCCUGAUCUUUGCUGAUAUUUGA